UCGAUUUAUGCGAUUCGGGCCGCCAUUUGCUGUUGUGUUCAUUUGUGAGUGGCAUAAGUUAACAUCCCUCCCUUUUCUAUCGCUUAAUCAGUAUUUAUGUCAUCGAAUUCACUAAACACGUGAAGAUAAUACAUCUUCAUACAUCGGACUAUCAUAACUGUGCUCCCGAUCUGGGAUUCCUAACGGAUUUAUUGGAGAAUUCGUCGGUUCGUCCGUACGACUGUCAGUGUGUUUCGCCAUGGACGACCAACAAAGGCUCAUGCAGAUACAGAGUAAUGUGGCUGCCAUGAACAACUCUGUAAAUAUGGGGCAACAGCAAGGCUACGAGAACAUGCAGCCUACGGCCCCUACAGACCCAGACAGAAAACAAGAAAUAGGAGAUAUAUUACAACAAAUAAUGACUAUCACCGAUCAAAGCUUGGACGAGGCUCAAGCGAGGUGGGUGUCAGGGAAACAUACGUUAAACUGCCACCGAAUGAAACCAGCUUUAUUUAGUGUUUUAUGUGAAAUUAAAGAAAAAACUGUUUUAAGUAUUCGAAACACACAAGAAGAGGAACCCCCAGAUCCACAGUUAAUGCGACUGGACAAUAUGUUGAUAGCAGAGGGAGUGGCGGGACCAGAGAAAGGGGGUGGUUCUUCGGCAGCCGCUAACGCCACAGCCGCAGCAUCAGGGGGACAACCAGACGGAGCUAUUGAACACUCCGAUUACCGAGCUAAACUAGCACAAAUCCGACAAAUUUAUCAUACAGAACUUGAAAAAUAUGAACAGGCAUGUAAUGAAUUUACUACCCAUGUUGUUAACUUAUUACGAGAACAAAGUCGAACACGACCAAUCGCACCCAAAGAAAUAGAAAGAAUGGUUGGAAUUAUUCGUAAAAAAUUCUCGGCUAUAGAGAUGCAGUUGAAACAGAGUACAUGUGAAGCUGUGAUGAUUCUACGGUCACGAUUUUUAGAUGCCAGACGGAAGCGUCGUAAUUUCAGUAAGCAAGCUACGGAAGUAUUAAAUGAAUAUUUCUAUUCACACCUAAGUAAUCCAUAUCCUAGUGAAGAGGCCAAAGAAGAAUUAGCCAGAAAAUGUUCUAUAACAGUGUCACAGAUAUCUAAUUGGUUUGGUAACAAGAGAAUCCGUUAUAAGAAAAAUAUCGGUAAGGCACAAGAGGAGGCCAACAUGUACGCGGCAAAAGCUGCCCGAGCGGCGUCGGGUCCCCCCACACCACACCAAGAUCCCUCAACCCCACAGAGUACGGGAGGAUAUGGUAUAGGUUCCUCACAAGGUGGUAUGGAAGCGGGAAUGUACAUGAAUCUAAAUGGUGACAAUUACCAAGGAGGAGAUAACUCUGUAAGUGACAAUAUCCAAUCGCAGGUUAACGCAUUACGGCAUGUUAUAUCACAGAGUGGGGGCUAUACGCCCGAUAGCGUAGCAAGUUCAGCUGGCAUGUUCGACCCUCAUUUACAACAGCAGUAAAAGUGAAAGUAGCCGUUGAUAAGGGGAGAUAACUGUGUUUCAACAAAAACCAAAGAUGCCAAGUCAUGUAGCUGGCGUGCAAUAUAUUGUAUCAAGUGCUGUGUUUAACCACAUUAUAUUAAACUUCGUUCGUUAAUCGUAAAUCUAACUCCGUAUAAAAUACAACGUUGUGGCAACAAACGCGACGCUGCUCAGUGACAAUAAAAACCAAGAAAAUGUUGUGUGCUGUUUUUUGAAUUCUCUUGAAGCAGAAUGACAUUUAAUAGUUGUGAAUGAGAAGAUAGUUUUGGUAUGGACCUCAAACAGAAUCUAUUGCAAGUGCUGCUACAAAUUGGAUGAACUUUUAGUUGUAAUAAGAGCCUGGAUGUUAUAAGCUCAACUGAUGACUUCGUACAAAGUCUUAUAGGCAAUAUAUUAUCUAUGUCCUUCAGUGGGACAAAAGAUUAAUUUCAUGAUUCCAGAUUAUCAAGUAAUCAUGAUUCCACGUUAUCUAGGUUAUCAAGAAAUUUCAUGAUUCCAGGUUAUCAAGUAAUUUCAUGAUUCCAGGUUAUCAAGUAAUUUCAUGAUUCCAGGUUAUCAAGUAAUUUCAUGAUUCCAGGUUAUCAAGUAGUUUUGUAAAAUUACACAUAUAUAAUAUACCGUUUGUUUAAAACACAACUAAUUUCAGUUUUAUCGAAAUUCUUAUUUUACUAUUUCUAUAAUAUAUCCAAAAUAUAGUAAUAUCUAGUUCGAAUACAAACUAUUCGGCACGGCACAUACGAGAUCCAGUGUUUUGGGCAAAAUACUAAAAGUGAUAUUAUCAGGGAACAAUAUUACUGGGCAUUAUAAAUUAUUCUGUUUAUUCUCUCUAUCAUGAUUGGCUAAUUUACUCAUAGAAUCCACCUGAUUGGAUGGAAUAUUGUAAAGCAGUGAACACUUCAACCAAUCAUGUAGAGAGAAUUGGGCAACUGUGCUCGGGUUUAGUGUUUCGUUGAGGAAAGCUUUUUUCGAUCAUCUUGUUGACACAGAUGAAUGACUCAUAUUUUUUUUUAAACAUUGUAUCUGGUAGGUGCUGUGUAUUAAUAAUUAUAAUUUAUGAAUGAUCAUUGCAUAAUAAAACAUAAUUUAAAUUAAACUGAUUUAGAAAAUGCAUUUUAAAAUUUAAAACGAGAAUUUGUGUUAUUAUACAUAUAGAUGUAAUGUAAACCAAGGCUCAAACAUGUAGUCCUGAUUAUCAGGGAAUCGUACCAAAAAUUUAAUAAUUAUUUAGCUAUUAAGUGCAUGAUGGGAUAUAUAUGUUUAUUAUUUUACGUCGAUAUGUUGCAAGUUUGUUGUGUUUUCAGGAUAUUUUUGUUAUUGUUUAUUUCGCAGAUAAACUUUUUUUUUUAGUUAUUUGCGAUUCGUAGGACAAAAAAAAACCUACGCAAUUUAUACCUUAUUUUAUAUAUGGUGAUUGACAGCAUUACUUUUUUUAAUUAAAAAAAAUUCAUUUUUUACAAAAAUUGUACGAUCAGUACUUCAUUAUUAGCCAAAGAAAUAUUUAGAAAUUUGCCCUCUUUAUAUAUAUAUAAUAUCUUGUAAAUAGUAUAUUUGAGAUUAGUUAUAAAUUAAAUUAUGAAAAAACGAUUUCAAUUUUUAAAAAAAUGAAAUUUUUCGUGAAAAAGAUUUAACGUACUUAACAUCUACAGAAAAAAAGAAAAAAAAUUAUAUAAAGCCACGCUUAUUUCUUCAGUUCAAUUGUUUCAAUGGCAUUUAGUAAUUGAACUGAAAUAAACAGGUCACAAUUCUAUGGGAUACAAUUACUGCUUAUUAAAACUGAGCGAUGUUUCGACUAGGCUUCUUCAGUCAUUAUCGAGCAGAUUGGACAAGCCUAAUCAAAACAUCGCUCAGUAAUAAGCAGUAAUUGUAUUCCAUAGAAAUAUCAGCCGUUUAUUUCAGUUCAAACAGAAAUCUCAUAAUUCUUUUUGUAACUUUCAUUCCCUAGUCUUUAAAUACUUUUUUUCUUUUCCUAUUUCUCAAAAAUCAGCAUUUCAUAAACAUCAUCAGAUAUUAGAAUAGUUGUUAUUAAGAAUGGCAAUAAAUUUGGACAAUAAUUAAUUAAGCUGUCUUGUAAAGAAAACAAAAGACUAUGUAUGUAUUUUAAAGUUCAUGUAUACAUCAUUGGAAAAUUAAUAUAGUGCUCAAAUGACUAUCUUUGUUGUGUUUUUUCUUCUUUUUUUUUAAUUAUUAUGAUCUUAACUUGAUUUCAUCUCAAAUAUUUCUUGAUGAAUAACUGAAAUAUGCUCAUCUUGUGUCUAGUUGUAUGCAUGGGUUAAAAAAUGUAUAAACUAGGUCUUGGUUAGAAUUUGGUAGAGGACUAAAUUGUUAGGCUUUGAUAUUAGAGCACAUGGAAGAAAAUUUGACCAAAAAGCAAAACCAUUCGUUCGUUCGUUCCUGGAAUUUUACGUCAACUUCCACCAAGCAAAACCAUUGAACAAAAUUUGACUAAAAGCAAAACCAUUUGUUGUUCGUUCCUGAAGUUUGACAUCCAAUUAAGCCAUUGAAUUGCUGUUGAAAUACAAGUAUAGAAAGAAUAGCUGUGCCUAUGUUAGGUAGAAUCUGCUUACUUAGAAGACAGAAUGUUUGUAUUAUUCGCAACAGCGUUUUUAGUGUCCGUAGGAUGUUAUAUCGUAAACUGUUUUCAAUAUGACUUGGAGAUAUAGUCUGAAAACUGAUUGAUUCUGGCUCUCGAAAAUGAGAGUGGAUGUAUUCCUUUACUAUUUUCAUGAUGUUGAUAAUUACAACUAUAAAGGAAGCAAGCAUAGAUCCAGGAUAUUUUGUGGGGCUAGGGCCUCUUUAUCCAUCAAAACAUAAUUAGAAAACGGGAUAUAAGGUUUUUACUAAAUAUUCUGUUUCCCUAAAUUUUUGAAAAUAGGGCACUUGAAUUUUUUUCAGGGCAUAUUUGACCUUCGGGAUUAGUCAUUAUGAAUGAUCGUUUGAUUGACAGCCAAUAUUCUAUAGUGUCCCUAAUCAAAUAACUUAUCCAGGGACAACAGUUAUUUUAGUUUAUCAUCAAUAUAAUAUUUGUGUGAUGUGAAGAUGAUGAUAUCAAGUUAGACAAUGUGUUAUUGGAUAAUUAUCGUUAGUCAUGUAGUGUAUGUAGAUAACGUCAUUGUCUUAUGUCUAGUUACUAUAUAUAAACAUACUUAUAUCAUACUUGUCUACACAUUGAAAUCAGUACAUUAUUAAUGCUACUUUUACUUUACAAAUCAAACACAAUUUAUUUCUUCUAUAGUUACAUGUGGAAUGUGAAGAGAUUUUAAGUGUGUCGAUUCCAACUUGUAUGAUAAUUAUACACUGAAAUCAGUACGUUAUUAAUGCUACUUUUACUUUACAAAUCAAACACAAUUUAUUUCUUCUAUAGUUACAUGUGGAAUGUGAAGAGAUGUUUAAGUUUGUCGAUCCCAACUUGUAGAUCAGUAUGAUAUGAUUAUGUUUAGUAUAGGUUUUUGAUCAAGGGAUUAACAUAUUAAUCCUCUGAUCUUAUUAUACUAUUGUUUUUUGUGGUCGUCAUAUCUUAAGACAUGUUGUAAAUAAUCAUAUCUUUUAACCAUUUAUUAUACAUUAAAUAAUUACACUGCUCAGCCUCCAUACUUUAUUCCUUGGUUCAAUCUGCUGCUCUGAUAAAUUGAUUGUAAUGUCAUGUAGCAAUGGGUGUCAUGCUGAAGGAAUUCCCACCAGGCGGCGCUAGUAAAAACUUGGUUCCACGUGACCUUAUCGUUGGCAAGAGAACCAUAUUUCUACGUAUCGGGAUUAAAUUCCAUAUUAACAACAAAAACUAACAUUUGUCAACACACUAGUUUGUAAUGAAUGUACAGCCAGGAAAACAAUGCUGUACGGUAAACAAUGAGGUCACAUGGGACCGUCUGGUCUAUGGUGUCGCCUAUAAAUUAUGCCCCCUUAUCUCUACCGAGGACGCCCAUCUUACAUUUUUGAAUAUUUACAAUUUGGUUAUGAAUACAUAGUUUUAUCAAAACUUUUAAAUCAAGAAAAUAUUGGAGCAUUUUAUCACGGCAACUAGAAUAGUCAUGUGAUCAAGUGUUCAUAGUAUCAUACCACAACAUCUAUUAGGGAGCUACAAUGGCUAAGCUGGUAAGACACUGGCUCGCUAGCCUGGAAAUUGCGUGUUCAAUCCCUGCAUUGGCCUAGAAAGUUCAUCCAGAUUUUCUGACGUGGUUCACCCUUGUCAGUGGUUUAUGACAGAGGGCCGGACAAGGACAGCUGUCUAGUCGUUUGGAUGGGACAAAAAAAAACCAACCCAAAGUCCUGUGUAUACAUUGGCAUGCACGUUAAAGAUCCCUUGGCAGUUGGAAUUCGAUAUAAUAGUAGGCUGUAGUGCUGCUGCCUGGGCAAAAUUUCCCUCAUAACACACUGUAUGGCUUAUGCCCAUCUUCAUUAGCCUAGCCAGAGCAGAACAGCAGGAGAUAAAACCUUUCGUCACAUUUUAUUUAUAACAUCUAUUCACCUAACUUGAUAUCAAGUUAUGUCAGUCUAAAUUUUGACCAGAAGCAAGAAUAAUCAUUAAACUAAUAUUGUGCAUUCAUUGCAUGCUGUAUCAGUUUGAAAUGAAACUGGGGGGGGGGGGCCGAAUGGUUAACGCGUUUGGUGCAUCAUAAGGUCUGUCAUUGAGUCAACGGGCCUGGUUAGAUUCCCCUUUUGUACGUGACAAGGAGUAGGGUUGCCUGUCCAACCUUUUGGGUUUUCUCCGGGUCCUCCGGUUCCCUUCCACUGCUAAAGACCCCUACGCGAAAGCAAAUUAAUGAACUUAAAAUUGAACCAUAUAUCUCUCUCUCUCUUUCUCGUUAGAAUGAGACUGGGUUAUUUUUCUUCGCAGACUGGGCUAAUCAAGACGGUCAUGCUGUGAGGGACAUUUUGCUUGAACAGUGACGCUACGGUCUAUCUUUAUUUCAAUUUCCAACUGUCAGUGGAUCUUUAAUGUACUGCUAAUGGUAUAUACGGAAUAUCUAUAUUUCAUCUCAUCUGACCAACUAAGCUUAAAUGUUUAAAAUGCUCAUUUCGUUGUUUUAGGUGGAUAACUUAAUAGUGUAAAAUGAAUAAAUGUUGUAGUAUGCCUACUGUGAACACUAGACAACUAGUGUAAAAAUAUGUUGCAUUAAUUUGUCUACUUGGCUGAUUUUAACCAGGCAGUGGCAAGUUUUUAAAAAAAGUGUCAACCAAUUAUUGGAGCAUUGUGCAUAAUUCAUUAUCGUAGUAUUCAUCCUUUAACCGUCUUAGUCUCAAAAAUAUCACUUUAUCUCAUGAAAAUUAUUUUAGAUUUCAUUUUUAAAAAAGAUCUGCAUGAUAUUGAUAAUAAUGUUUAUAUUUUGAAGAAAAUGUAGUUUAUAAUUUGUACACAUUAAAGUAUGACCAAAGCUCAAAUUUUAACUUUCGUCAUGGGGGCUAUGUUCAUGAAAUCCUAAGAAUUAAAUAUUUAAGGCUGUUCAUUGUCUGAGCAGUAAAAUCAUAACACAGAUUUGAACUCUCAGCCAUAAUCCUGCUUUCUGAAAAUAUUUUAGUUUAAAAUUUCAUGAAUAAGGCCCCUGAGGUUAUUGAAUUAAGUUUAAGACCUUAAUUUUAAUAAAUGAUGUUCCUUAAGUUAGCUGCAUUAUAUCUGAGCUCAGUGUCAUGUCUUUAAUAAACAUUUGAAAAUCAUAGUUCUGAUUUUUUAACAUAAUUUAUAAAAUAAACAAACCAAAUCUUGUUUAUUUCUAUUAAGAAAUUCACAUUAUAAAUGAUGUUUUGUGAAAAUUGAACGGGGAGACAAAUAUAGUAUAUAUAUAUAGAGUAAUAUUAUGUAAUACAUAAUGUGUAUCGCUUGUGUAAAGAAAACAAAACGUCUAAAACCAAAUAAUACAUCACAGAAAUUCAUUGUGGUAGUUUCUGUGUAAUGUUCAUAUAAAUUAAAUAAAUUAUAUGAAACUCAA